GAAACGUUUUUCAAAUGUUUGCCCUCCCCGCUAAGUGCGCAGGCUCCUGGAAAGUUGUCUUCACUUCCGGGCCGCGGUCUAGUGCGACUACGUGUGUUGCCAUAGCGACCGUUUUGCGUUAACUGGUUGGUAGCUUCUAUCCUGGGGGCUGAGCGACUGCGGGCCAGCUCUUCCCCUACUCCCUCUCGGCUCCUUGUGGCCCAAAGGCCUAACCGGGGUCCGGCGGUCUGGCCUAGGGAUCUUCCCCGUUGCCCCUUUGGGGCGGGAUGGCUGCGGAAGAAGAAGACGAGGUGGAGUGGGUAGUGGAGAGCAUCGCGGGGUUCCUGCGAGGCCCAGACUGGUCCAUCCCCAUCUUGGACUUUGUGGAACAGAAAUGUGAAGUUUUUGAUGAUGAAGAAGAAAGCAAAUUGACCUAUACAGAGAUUCAUCAGGAAUACAAAGAACUAGUUGAAAAGCUGUUAGAAGGUUACCUCAAAGAAAUUGGAAUUAAUGAAGAUCAAUUUCAAGAAGCAUGCACUUCUCCUCUUGCAAAGACCCAUACAUCACAGGCCAUUUUGCAACCUGUGUUGGCAGCAGAAGAUUUUACUAUCUUUAAAGCAAUGAUGGUCCAGAAAAACAUUGAAAUGCAGCUGCAAGCCAUUCGAAUAAUUCAAGAGAGAAAUGGUGUAUUACCUGACUGCUUAACCGAUGGCUCUGAUGUGGUCAGUGACCUUGAACACGAAGAGAUGAAAAUCCUGAGGGAAGUUCUUAGAAAAUCAAAAGAGGAAUAUGACCAGGAAGAAGAAAGGAAGAGGAAAAAACAGUUAUCAGAGGCUAAAACAGAAGAGCCCACAGUGCAUUCCAGUGAAGCUGCAAUAAUGAAUAAUUCCCAAGGGGAUGGUGAACAUUUUGCACACCCACCCUCAGAAGUUAAAAUGCAUUUUGCUAAUCAGUCAAUAGAACCUUUGGGAAGAAAAGUGGAAAGGUCUGAAACUUCCUCCCUCCCACAAAAAGGCCUGAAGAUUCCUGGCUUAGAGCAUGCUAGCAUUGAAGGACCAAUAGCAAACUUAUCAGUACUUGGAACAGAAGAACUUCGGCAACGAGAACACUAUCUCAAGCAGAAGAGAGAUAAGUUGAUGUCCAUGAGAAAGGAUAUGAGGACUAAACAGAUACAAAAUAUGGAGCAGAAAGGAAAACCCACUGGGGAGGAAGAGGAAAUGACAGAGAAACCAGAAAUGACAGCAGAGGAGAAGCAAACAUUACUAAAGAGGAGAUUGCUUGCAGAGAAACUCAAAGAAGAAGUUAUUAAUAAGUAAUAAUUAAGAACAAUUUAACAAAAUGGAAGUUCAAAUUGUCUUAAAAAUAAAUUAUUUAGUCCUUACACUGA